GUCAUUUUUUGCCCUUUCUCCCAUUUAGAUUUGGUGUCCACCCGUGUGGUGGAGGAAUUGCAUGCAGUCAUGCCCGCACGAGAGAGUAUUUCCGCUGCAUACUUGUGUUGAGACAAGAAAAGCCGUCUGAAUGUCUAUUGACUGAGAGCCCGAGAAAGUAGGUGAGGGUCCCAGAUCCUUCAUGAAAAAUUCAGCACCUAAUCGUUGAAUUAACCGGGUGAGAAGCUCAGUGGAGGAGGCAGUAAGGACAAUGUCAUCGACGUAUAGAAGAAAGCCAUAUGUAACUCGGUAAGAUCUGAACCCAGCGCCUGUUGAGCAAAAGUUGAGAGCUUCUCUGGGAAAAUUUUCGCCCAGCUCUUUUGCUUUCGUCUAUUCUUAAGCUAUGGUGAUUUCCGAGCUUUAAUCUGUUGUUUUGUGGUUUUUCUUGGCUGGAAUCUACUUCGUCUGGAUUUGAUUUGGAGAACGAACGAUGGCCAAAACAGUAGUUGCGAGAGCCGGCAUCGCAUAACUACUGUUCAUGUCGUCUAUGUGAGAUUUAUUUGGAUUCAACUGAUAAAUGUUUGAAAUUGAUGCUUAUUAGUGUUUUUCGACCUAUGAUUUUACUUCCGUGUUUGAACUAAUCAACUGCGGAUUUCAUUUCGGUAAGUCGAAGGCUGUUCUGUUGCUACUGCGAUUUGAGGAAACAGUGUUUGCGAGCUCUGGUUUUCCUAAAUCGUGCUGUAGGUGGUAACUAUGGCUGGCAAGAAGCAGGGUAAAGGCGCGGCAACGCCGUAUGUGAGUACUCGGUCUUGAACUGUUGUGGGUUUCAAUGCUUUGGAGGGCUUGGAUGACAAUUUCCCUGCACUACACGGUAUGAAACCUGGGAAGAAGACAGUUGAUACUCUGGCCGGCCCUGGGAAUAAUUUUGAAGACAACUCUGACUCUGCUAACGAGCUGCUGCUUGGCUCUAAACCGGUGGACUCUGCAAAGCAGGGCACUGCAAUAGCUACUGCUCCUGCUGUUAACCUUGGAGAUGGGGAAAAGGCUGUAAAGCAACCACCAGCUGCGGAUAAAGAAACUGCUAGACCUAAAGCAGUAAAUGCUUCAAAAGAAAUUGGGGGACCUGCUGCGUCUGUGGCAGUAAGUCCUGGAGCUGGAGGUAUUACUAAGCAGACUUCUAAUGCUGCAUUACUUAAUGGAGGAUCUGCUGCUAAAAUAAAUGCUGGGGAACCACAAACUUUGGCAGCAACUCCUACCCCUUGGACCGCCCUAUUUAAGGACAAUCGUGACCCAAAGCAUGGCAUUAAAUUGAGGUAUGUCCCUCCUAAAGGAGAUACUUUGGACUUUGGUGAUCGUGUACUACCUUCUAUGGUUCAAAUGUGGGGUUUUUGCUUAGUUGGACACUUCACUGGAAAAUUUCCCGGACUCAAAGCGGUUCAUGAGAUUAGAGCUACUUGGGGUGUGAAAUGUCUUGUGAGGUCUCACAACAAAGGAUGGGUAAUCUUUAAAUUUACAAAUGAGGAGGAUAGAUCGAAGGUACUACUUAACGGACCUUACAAUGUCUUUGGGAAACUUCUUAUGCUCAAAGAACUCUCGGAUGACUUCUCAUUUGAAUACGAGGAGUUUCUUAAGGUUCCAAUUUGGGUCAAGUUCCCUAAACUAUCAAUGAAGUUAUGGAAUGAUGAAGCUAUGAGUGAGGUGGCAUCGUUGGUUGGGGUCCCAAUUACCACGGACAAGAUCACCCAAGAAAGGACAAACAAUGAAUAUUCUAGAGUGUUGAUUGAAGUUGAUGUUUCAAAGCCACCGUCACUUUCUUUUCCCAUACGGCUACCUUCCAAAAAGGUAUUCAAACAAAGUGUGCUUUAUGAAACUUUCUCUAAUUAUUGUUUUCAUUGCAAACAAUUUGGGCACCACCCAUUUAUUUGUAAAGAAAUAUCUAAAAGGGGUGUUGAAGGAAGUGGGGAUAAAGGGAAACAAGUUGUUGAAAGCAUAGAGAAAGAACAAGGAAUUGACAAAACUGCGAAGAUUGGGAUUGCCCAGGGGUCGAGCCCGACCGGGUGUCAGCCUGACCUGAUCGGGUUACACAGAUCUGCUGCUGCCCAGGGCACACACCCGACCGGGUAUGCCCCAAACCCGAUCGGGUCUCAUGAGCAGACAGCCCAGGUUUAUGUUGCUUCCAUUUCUGAGCCUGAAACAGCUUCAAAUGGGCAGUUUACUACUCAGGGGCAAUUAAGAGAUGGCGAGAAAUUGGGGGACGAGACCGAUGUCAAUUUGGAAGCUAUGGGGAGGAUUGUGAGGGAUGAAAGUGAUUUGAAACAAGAUGAUGUUGUCACCAAAUGUGAGGUCAUAAACGGUAAGACGCUCAAGUUGCUUGUCAAACCGUUUAGAUACGUCUGUACUAGUGUCAUUAGAGUGGAUACCUCCCUUCGACUUACGGAUGACUUGGAUAAGAAGGGCCUAACAUUCACCGCCCAUUGUCCUGAGAGGUUGCCGGGGGUUACUAAGAAGAAAGGGGAGGUUUGCUAUGACUCAAAGUUCACUACUCCUUUCCGUGCUUUCUUUGGAUGUUAAAUUAGGGAUACCUAAUAUUUUGGUGUGCUAGUGUUUUGAGCUUAUUAUGUUCCUAAUGUUUUUUAGGUUCAAAGUGUUGACUUUUGAGGAUUUCUAUCUUGAUGUUGUGGUAUCCCAUGUUUAGGGAUAUGCAUUUUGCUUGUAACAUUGACUUGUUAUUUCUUUCGGUGUUAAUAUAUAUUUACAUUUCAUCCAAAAAAAAGAAAACCAUAUGCGGACCAUGCCUGUAUAUAAA